CCAUCCGGGGGACCACCCGGAGGACCAUCCAAGGGCCCAUCCAGGGGCCCAUCCAGGGGACCACCCGGGGGACCAUCCGGAGGACCACCCGGGGGCCCAUCCAGGGGACCAUCCAGGAAACCAUCCUGAAGCCCACCCAGGGGACCACCCGAGGGCCCACCCGGGGGACCACCCGAGGGCCCACCCAGGGGAGCAUCCGGAGGACCAGCCAGGAGACCACCGUGGGGACCAUCCAGGAAACCAUCCGGAGGCCCAUCCGGGAGAUCAUCCGGAGGCCCAUCCUGGGGACCAGCCGGGAGAUCAUCCGGGGGACCACUCCUUCAUCCAGUCGUAUUUAUCGAGCGCUUCCAGUGUGCAGAGCACUGCGAGGGACCACCCGGGGGACCCUUCCUUGAUUCAAUCGUAUUUAUUGAGCGCUUCCAGUGUGCAGAGCACUGCGAGGGACCACCCGGGGGACCCUUCCUUGAUUCAAUCGUAUUUAUCGAGCGCUUACUGUGUGCAGAGCACUGCGAGGGACCACCCGGGGGGCCCUUCCUUGAUUCAGUCGGAUUUAUUGGGCGCUUACUGUGUGCAGAGCCCUGCGGGGUCCCAGCCCCGGCCCGGGCCAUGGAGCUCCUGUGCGGCGAGGGGCCCCAGCGGGCUCCCCGGGCCGGGCCGGACCCCCGGCUGCUGGAGGACCGGCGGGUUUUGCAGAGCCUGCUGCGGCUGGAGGAGCGCUACGCCCCCCGAGCCUCCUACUUCCAGUGCGUGCAGCGGGACCUGCAGCCGCACAUGCGGAAGAUUCUGGCCUACUGGAUGCUCGAGGUGUGCGAGGAGCAGCAGUGCGAGGAGGAGGUCUUCCCGCUGGCCAUGAACUACCUGGACCGCUACCUGUCCUGCGUGCCCACCUCCAAGAGCCACUUGCAGUUGCUGGGCGCCGUGUGCAUGCUGCUCGCCUCCAAGCUAAGGGAGACCAGGCCGCUGACCGUGGAGAAGCUCUGCAUCUACACCGACCACUCCAUCACACCCCACCAGCUUCGGGACUGGGAGGUGCUGGUCCUGGGGAAGCUCAAGUGGGACCUGGCAGCAGUGAUUGCCCACGACUUCCUGGGCCUGAUCCUGCACUGGUUGCCCCUGCCUGCCGAGCGGACCCCCCUGGUAAAGAAGCACGCCCAGACCUUCCUGGCCCUCUGUGCCACAGAUUAUACCUUCGCCAUGUACCCGCCGUCCAUGAUCGCCACUGGCAGCAUAGGGGCCGCGGUGCACGGCCUGUCGGCCUCCCUCAUGUCGGAGGACAAGCUGAUGGAGCUGUUGGCCGGAAUCACGGGCACUGAGGUGGACUGUCUAAGGGCCUGCCAGGAGCAGAUCGAGGCCACGCUGAGGGAAAGCCUGAGAGAAGCCGUCCAGGCCGUGCCCGACGCCGGCCCCAAGGCAGCGCCCCAAGAACCCAGCCAGACCACCACCCCGACAGAAGUCGCCGCCGUCCACCUGUGACCCCAGGGCCCUGCUGCCCAGCUUCUCCCUUCUGAGGACGUGGCUGCCCGCGGACUGCCCCUGGCUCUCUCCGUCAGGCGAGAGUGGCGGAGCCCGAGCUGGCUGUAUUGGCUCCAGGAUGGGGCAAGCUGGCAGAAGCGGGGGUGGGCACGGGUCUUCCCCCCACGCUUAUCCUCCCAGGCCCGGGGCCGCCUCCCUCGGUUGAGGCCCGGGCGGGGGAUGACUAGACGCUCUCGCACCCACUCAGCCGGGCGGUGGUGGGAGA